AUGCCUCCACCAUCUGCUGCCCAGCAGAAGGUUCUCAUCGCCCAGUUCGUAGCUCUGACUGGUCAAUCAGAGCGACAGGCUACCCGUUACCUCAAGAAUGCAGGUUUCAAGCUCAACGAAGCUGUCGAUACUCACUCAAGCACAGUCUGGCCAACUGAGAAGAUGGGAUGGAAAAGUUUCAAGAAGCGCAUCACGACCGGGGUUCCUAUCUUGUCCUCUAUCAAGGAGGCCGGCAAAGAUACCCCUGGAUCGUCUCAUCAGACAGGAUCUGAACAAACACCAAAGAACUCGAAUUCUCGGUUCUUUUCAUCCAAUGGUGACCUUAAGGGCCCGUCGCCUCUAGAGGCAUCGCUAGACAAGCUAUUCUCCCAGUUGCAGGACUCUAGCGAUGAAAAGGACAAACUCGAGCUCGACUCCACAAUGUCGUACCUCACUGAGAAGUUACAAGUCAACAUCGAAAACGCCGAGCUACUUAUCGCGCUUGAACUUCUCCAGGCUCCCUCUGUGGGCGUCAUCACCAGAAGAGGUUACGUUGAUGGCUGGAAAGUGACUGGAGCUGGAACGACACAUCAAGAGCAUGCCGCCCAUCUCCGAAAACUGACCAAAUCCCUCUCUUCUGACCCGACGCUAUUCAAAAAGGUCUAUAGACAUACCUUUGUUGCUGGUCGAGAUGGCGACCAGAAAGCACUGAACCUUGAGACUGCACUCGUUUACUGGGACAUCCUGUUUGCACCUCCUGGAAUGGAGUGGAAGACAGCAAACCACAACUGGCUGGAACUGUGGAAGUCCUUCCUCAAUGCCAAGUGGACUCGUUCAGUCAACAAGGACAUGUGGAACAUGACACUCGAGUUCGCUCUUAAGUCUUUAUCUGAUGAGUCACUAUCAUUUUGGAACGAGGAUGGCGCGUGGCCAAGUGUGAUUGACGACUUUGUGGAUUGGUGUCGUGAGCAGGGCAUUGGUAAGACCGAUGGCAUGGACGUUGACAACUAG